GUAUGUAAGUGUACAUGAUAAUAUUAAAAAAAAAAAAAGACGAAAAAGUUUUAAUAAUAAUAAUAAUUAAAAAAAGCACACAACACAAUCGGUCCUCGCGUUAUCCCCGAGCAAAACUCGAGCUUGAACGAAAAAUUGGAAAUAAAUAAAUAAAAAAAAACAAAAUAUUUAACUCCUUCGAGAAUAAAAAAGUUUUCGGUCGGUCGGUCCACACACCGCAUACGAAUUAAUUAAACGUAAAGCUCGCUGCUCUAAAGUAGCGAGUAGCAGUGUAUAGCGAAUUAGAGAGACGUUUGAUAAUCCAUUUGAAAGUUAUUAAUAUAUACAUAAAUAUAUAUAUAACGCGUAACAAGCACCCUCAUCUGACCACCUGCCCACCCAAACCACCUCCCCCUUUUUUCGAUAAACUUAUAUACUCUCUUUAUCGUAUAUAUUAUAUACGUAAAUUAUUAUUAUUAUUAUUAUUAUUAUUAUUAUUAUUAUUAUUAUUAAAGAGAUAAAAACACAAUUACAAUAAUAAUAGUUAUUAAGAAUAACGAUCAAACACUUUACCGAAUUGAAUAAAAUAUAAAUCAUUAUAAUAAUAAUAGUAACCUAUGGGAUGCGUACGUGUGAGACACAUUUCAAAAUUGAUAUUCCAUUAUUUUUUUGGUGUCAAAGAUACAAAACAAACAAUGUAUUUUUCUUAUGUAUUUCUAUGCUUUCAUCAAGCAAAAUUUGUUGCAACAAAUACGAGAAUGCAUAAUCAUGCAUUUGCAUAUAAUAAAAAACUUUGCGUAUAUUAUACGUUAUAACGGAUAUAAACGUAAACGCUUAUAAAUCUUAGUUAGCCGGAAUUAUAUUUAAAUUAUGAUAUCUUAAGGAAAAGAAAGAAAAAGAAAAAAAAAAAAGGAAUCAACCACGAGAUAUUUACGUUGAACGAACGAUCACAGAUCAGAUACUGCCAAGCAAACGACAAAAGUCAGUCAGUAUCAUAAAAAGUAAUUUUCAUUCUAGUCCUAUCUUUUAUUCCUAUUACUUAUAGAUAACAGAACAUGUAAAUGAUAUCGAAAAAAUGAUGAAUCAAUGUUUUUAGCAGGCCUAAAAACGUUUAACGUUCAUUGAAACGAAAAAAAAGAACGCAAGCAAGCUUCUUCGUUUAUCCGCGCGUUGAAAUUACUUUUCUUUUUUUAAAUACUAAUAAUAAUUAACACGCACAUAUAUAUACACACACACACGUAACCAGAAAAGACGAAGGAAAAACUAGAGGAACGAUUCAGCACGUUAGAUCAUUCUCGAUCUUUAAAAACAAAAUCGAAGAUUAAACUGCGAAAUGCACCAAGACACGAUUAUUUUUUAACAAUUGUAUAUUUAACAAUACAUAUACAUAUAUAUAUAUAUACAUAUUCGAUAAAGACAUAUUAUAGCGUGUCCGUGCUUCUAAGUGUACAGAGAAUUUCUUCUCGACAAAAAAAAUCUAUAUCUAAUUCUCAGAAGGAUCAAAAUUCAUGGAAUAAUUCACGUGAAUUGUAUAUUUCUCUUUGGGAUUGAAACUCUGUAUGGAGAAUUUAUUGUAAAAACAAAAUCUAUCAUAUUUUUCUCUCUCUCUCUCUCUCUCUCUCCUUUUUCUAUCCUUAUGAUAUCUUGAGAAAAUGUUUUAACGAAACGGGAAACGAACGAAACGUGCUGAAUUCGAAAUGUUUCAAAGUUAGAAUUGAACUUACACACACGCAUAAACUUUCUCGUUCUAUUCUAUUUCUUUUAUUAAGCUUAGACCUUUUUUCGUUAAUAAAUAAUUAAUUAAUUAAAGCGCGUAAAGAUAGCUCAACCUUUUUUUUUCGAAAUGAUCGUUCAAACGAUAGGUUUAAUAUAUUUCAGUAUUUUAAUGAGCUUGUACAUGUACGAAAUCCCAAAAGUGCGAUCAUGCGAAUAAUAUGUGAAAUUCUUUUCAAUAUGAUAUAAUAAAUCCGACUCGUCUGUGUGAAGCUUGAUAAAAAAAAAAUUACAUACCGAAAGUAUAAUAAAAAUUGAAAUGUUUUCACGGGAAGAACUUUAAUGAUCGUUUAUCGAAUUUCGAAAAUUUGCGAUAUGAGAGAUCGAUGCGACGAUCUAACGAAUAUUUUGUCCGAAUAAAAAUGAAGGAAAAAAAGAAAAAGAUAAAGAGGAACAUUGCGAUUAUAUAAAAUACGAUUAAGUGUAAUUUUUCGGCUAAUUUAAUCGUCCUCGUGUGUAGAGUGUGAUACACGAUAUAUCUCGAAUUUUAAAAUACAAAAUUUUCGGCUUUCUUAAGAAGACGAAAAAAAAGGAAAAUUAAGAAAGGCCAAAAAAAAAAAGAUACAUUCUACACACAUUCCACGUUAUUUAUAAAUUAUUAACAAAACUAUUUGCUUGUGUAAGAAGCUAAAAAAAAACAAUGUUUGACGAUCGUCGAAGAUGUUUGUCACGUUAAUUAAUUAUUCUAAUUAAAUAUCGGUGAGAAAAAUAUGUAAUUCAUCGAUGUGAAAAAAACACUUUGUGUGCUUCUCAACUACGCGAUCGGUAAGAAGAUUAACUUACAAAUUUUCAUAAAUUAUUAAGAUAUAUUUCUCACAUAUAUUAUAAUAAUAAUAACAAAAGAACGUUAUAUUAUAACUUCGCUCUAAUAAUAAACGCUUCCAAUAAUUAGACGCAUAAAAUGACAAUUUGAAAAAUAACAUUAGAGGAGUAUUUUCUUCUAUCGUUCGAUUAUGUACAGCUUAUUGUUAGAUAAGAGAAAAAAAAAAAAAAAGAACAAACAUUUUCGCCGAUGCGACGCGACAUUAUUAUCACAUUAAAACUAGAUUAGCUACGCACAAAACAAACGCUGCAUUAUACAUAAUAUAUUACGAGGAUGUAAGAAGAAAAAACAAUUGUAAUGUUUAAACGAGCAGUAUCGUGUAUGUAAUCUGUUUGUGUAUAAAAAAAAAAACCAAAAAAUAAAUAUCCACAUUAAAUGUAUUAAAAUAAUGGCACGUUGAUCAUCGUGUUUACGUAUCGAAAUUGAACUGCUUAUAUACGGAAACAUUUGUUUUUGCUUCUUUUUUUCUUUUUUAAACAUAUUUCUCUUUUUAUAUUACCAAAAAAUGCAUAAAUUAUUAUAUAAAAGUAUAUAAUAAUAUACAUAUAUAUAUAUAUACGUUAGUUUACAAAACUACAGACAGACGGCGCUUCGAACACUUGUGAACUAUCGAUAAUGCAGUUUUCAUCGAAACGUGUUGAUGUUUACAUACGUAAUAUAAAUGUGAUGCAUGUGAAUUUAAUAAUAUACAUAAAUUGAUGUUUUAUAAACCAAAGUAGGAUAAAAUGGGUAAAAGAUAUUAUUGUGAUUAUUGCGAGAGAUCAUUCAAGGAUGAUCCCGAAUCUAGAAAAAAACAUCUAUCUAGUUUUCAGCAUGCCAAAAAUCGAGCUGAUCAUUAUAGCUUUUACAAAGAUCCUGAAACAAUAUUGCAAGAAGAACAAGGAAAAAUACCGUGCAAAAGAUACAUGAGCAGCGGUGACUGCGCUUUUGGACGCAGUUGCAAGUUUUCUCAUUAUGCACCACCAUUGAUAUGGGAACUUCAGCGUAUUGUUGCAGCUAAACAAAUGGCAACGUGUCAGUUUAUACCUGAAGGUGGAUGGCCCGAUCCAGAUGACAUAGUUAAAGAAUUUUUUGUAGAUAUCACCAAUCCGGAGACUACAAAAGAAAUAACUUAUCCCAUUUGGGAGGUACCACCAGAAUUACAUAAUUAUCCAAACUUACCACCGUCGUUGUGGCCUCUCAAACCGGAAAGCAUAACUGAUUCCAAUUUUGGACAGUGGCUAUAGAAGUGUAAAUAGUUGACAUACUCUGCUUGAAAUAUGCUGUACAUAAAUAAUAAGAUAUUGCUUUAAGUAAGAUAAAUUAAAACAAGUAAGGUAAAAUAAAACUUCAUUACUCGCGAA